AUGGGGAUCGCGGUGGGCGGCGUGGCCGGGCUCCUGGUGCUUGGGGCGCUGGUUCUGAUGGCCAACCCCUGCCGUAGGGCCGCCCUCUUCAGCGCAAACCCCAGCUCGGGCAUCGACCUGGCAGAGGCGAGGCAGCUCGAGGAUGCGGCGGGGCGGCUGAAACACGUGAACUCGCGGGCAGAGGCGGACAAGAUGGUGGCCUCCGCCAUGAAGCAGGCCAGCGAGGAGAGGCUGCAUCAGGCGGCGCAGCGGAAAGAGGGAAAGCUACCCCCGCUCUUCCGGGACCUCAACUCAGUGUCUUCAGGCCAAUUCUUCCAGAACGAGAAGUUGGCACUGGAAGCUAAAAAAGCCGAGGCCCUGGACAAGGUGGCGCGCAAGGAGAACGAGCUGGAGAACCGCGGGGAGUACAAGCUGAAGGAGAGCCAGAACUUCCGGCAGGCCUUCUGCGUGUUCAACGCGGUGGAGACCGUGGACUCCAUCGGCGGCACGGGCAUCGACAUCGAGUCCCUAAUCCGCACCUGCCCAGAGCCCCGGAACGACAUCGGCACCUUCGCAUGCAGCACGAACGCGGGGACGUUGGCGGAGAUGGUGGGCUCUGCGGCCACUUGGCUGUCCUCCGCAGUGUCCAGCUGCGACGUGCUGCCCAACGUAGGUGCGGAGUGCGGUGCCGGCGUGGCGGGCAUCGUGUCGGCGCUUGGGGAGAUCGCGGCCAGCGGAAGCCUGGCCAUGACCAGCUGCAAGGAGUUUCCCCUGGCAGGCUUCAAGCAGGCGGAGCAGUACUGCCCCUUCGGCGGCUGCGAGGGUCCCAAGAUCUCGCAGAUCGGCAACACGGCCGGCCCGGCGCGGCGCCUGUUCAUCGGCUCGGGCAUCGGCGGCACCGGGGUGCAGUGCGGCGUGGAUGUAGGCUUCAUUGUGGACAACAUCUACGACACAAUUUUCUUCAUCCAGCAGGGUGUGAACCUGAACAUGUGCAACAAGAACGUGCGCUUCGGGCCCUACAGCUACCUCACCGGGGUGCCGGAGGCGGCCUGCGCCAUGGACAUCGCCGGAGCGGUGGCCUGGAUCACCCAGAUCGCCACCUUUGUGCAGCAGCUGAUCAACCAUUGCCCGGACCUGCUGAAUCUGCCCACGCUCUGCGGGUCCAGCGCCACGGGUCUGGUCUCCGCCGCCUCCCAGAUCGCCACCUGGGGCUCCCAGAUCGCCAUCUCCUGCGGGGAGGGGGAGAGCCUGACGCAGGUCACGCGGAACAUCGUCUUCAACGAGACCUACAGCGUGGUGCUAGGCCGCGAGGUGGAGUUCAUCAAGCUGUGCUCGCACGCGAUGAGCGGCUUCGCAGUGCACUGCAAUUGGCUGGAGAGCGAGGACGGGGAUGGCGCGGACAAGCAGCUGCGGGUCACCUUCGCGGGCACCUACCAAGGUCUGCUGCUCGCGGAGGCGGACAUCAAGGAGAACGGGCUGCUGAUCCCGGGCUUCCCACCCCUCACCUACGACAGGACCGUCCGCAUCGGCGACCGCCGCCUUGAGGCUGUGGAGGAGUCCAUGGAGAAGUGGGAUCCGGUGAACCACCCCAGCAUGAAGCGCCUGCGCAAGAAGAUGCGGGAGCUCUACGAGAUCCGCCAGAACAUCACCGGCGGCAAGCAGUCCUGGGCUGGCACCCAGGACGACCCAGCGAGCUCUUCCAAGUACUACCGUGUAAGACAGGAGUUGGUGGACCGGCUGCGCGCCAUGUACAACACCGCCUGCAAGGAGUCCCGGAGCAAGCCGGAGAAGGCUUGGCCUCGCAUGGAUGAGAUGGUGGAAUUUGUGAAGACGUCUGACCCGGUCCUCAGCAACUUGCUGGAGGAUCCGGCGGAGUCUGCGGAGGUCAAAGAAUCCGUCAAGGACCCUUCCCUGACGCUCACCGCAGACCCCCUGCCUGGGCGCCGGCUCUACAGCAUCUUCUUCGAGCGCGCGAUGGAGGGCAAGGCACCUCCGGAGGCGGCCAAGCCGGAGGAGUUCGCCCGGAUCCUGGAGCUCACUGAGGCAGACACAGAGGCCGCCAGGAUUGAGAGCUGUCAGCCCAGGCUGAAGGAGCUCUACCUGUCUUGCAUCAAGCAAGCCCAGGACUCCAAGACGCCGCUCGCCACUCUGAAGCCGGAGGUGAGCGACCAGAUGGCGAAGUUCCAGCUGCCGCUCAGCGCGGUGGAGGAUACCGCCCUGGAGGUCUACAAAUCUUUCCUGGACAAGGUGGCGGACAGGGUUCUGAGCACCUCUGAGAAGGAUGAGCUGCAGAAGAUGAGAGAUUUCCUGGAGCUUGAGAAGAGCUCGCUGCGGCGCAUGCACUUGAAGGCCUUUGCGGCCACUUACGAGCAGAGCGUGCGGGAAGCUUUGGGCCGCUCUGGUGUGAUGGAAGAGGAUUCCCGCGAGGUGCUGACCAAGCUUGGGCAGCGCCUAGGCUUGGAGGCCGAGGAUGCUGAGAAGAUCUUCUAUGGCGUCAUUGAGGAGAGCGGCUGA